AUGAAGGGCUGGGUUCUGCUUCUUCCUCUGGUGAGGGCAGCCUAUUUCCCGGUCUCGUACAAUGCAGAAGAGACAUGGCAGCGGCCCCUCAUGCAGCCGUGGGACCCCCUCCGAGCGCUGAGGGGAAGCAUCAUGGUGACGUGGACACCUGCUUGGAACCCAUGGUGUUCUGUCGAUCGCUACGAGCUGCAGGUUCGGCGGCCGAGAGGACCUCCAAUGCGAUUUGCCGAUAUGGAGUCUCUGAGGUACAGGGAAGCGGACAUCGAUGCACAGGAGGUGGAAACUUGGCCCGGUGAUGGCGAGUGGGAGCCGUGGAGCACAGAGUACGUGGGAGUAGGCCGGGCCUACACACUUCAAGUUCAGGUUGAGACGGCGCAUGCCGCUCAGUUCCGGAUUCGAGCCUGUGGCCGGCCAGAAAGCUUGGCAGGUCCUGGGCCGGUUGGUGUCGGCUGCAGUGCCUGGAGCCCUAUCCAGACAGCGUACACACUUGUCAGCGCUGCGCAGGACAAGGUGAACCUAAUGGUGCGAGGCAUGGGGAUGAAUGCGCCUGACUAUGCGCACAUCGAGGUCAACCGUCGGGUGAUUUACAGGCGUCGUGAUGAGACAGGGCUAGUGCUUGCCAUCUUUCGGCGUCUGGACUUUUCGCUACAGUGGCUCAGGACCUAUGACACUCAUCGCAAUCGCACAGAGGCACUGAUGAUGGCGGAGCAGAUUCGACAGUACAAUGCCAGCUUCUUCGUCGUGGUGGCAUCUACAAUUGCGUGGGAAUGGCAAGCACCGAGAACGCUCGUUCAGACGAUGGAGUUUUGUGGAGCAUACCACUUUGGGCAGUGGGCGAACACUUUCGCCGAGCAGAUUCGCUACCGCUCGAACACUUCGGACCUGCAGCAGACAGCGUCUCAGGAGCAGUUUGGGCAUCCAUAUGCAUUUAUCGGGAUCCCGGGCAUUGGCACUGCUAUGGGCUGGGAGUCCUUGAUGUACAACACGGGACACUACUUAGCUCGGUCGGUGAAACCUCAGCAGGCGAUAAUCAGAGGCGUGGCAUAUUAUGACUACGUGGCACGGCUUUAUCGCUUGCAGGAUAUCUCGGCAACAAAGGCGCUCUUCUUCUUGAAAGGCCAACCGCCAUUGUCUGAAACCUUCCACAAUCCGGUUCCACAGCGCAAGACACCUGCGCUUGACUUCUUCACGCUGGUGUCAAUGACCCCUGCUUACACCCCAUAUAUUGGGACCUUGCGGGAGCACAUUACGAAAGUCUUGGAGGCGAAUGGCACUGUCAUUCCGUACAACUUCGCGUUUUACCUCAAGACUGAUGCCAACGUUUUCAAGGUGGAUCCGCGCCCCCGUAGCUGGUGGCUCACGGAGCUGGAGCGCGUGUGGGGUGGGGCAAGCAUACGCCACUUUCAGCACAAUGGAACCAUCCUCCACCAGGGCCAGAACUUCGAUCAAAGGAGCUGCCCGAGCUUCGUCAAGCACACACACCUCUUUGCAGACCCACUGUCCUGUGGCUCAAACUACCAGGAUUGCUGCGAUCGUGUCGAUGUUCCAGAUUUCCCUGUGACUGAGUGCGGCAUCGGAGUCUCUCCCACACUUUGCCAGAAUCCUGACACCAUCCAGGUGUUCUGCCUGGAGAUCAACAGGACCACCUCUUGGGUGUGGCCCUGUGAUUUCCGCAUCAUGAACUGGACGGCAUGA